AUGCCCGAUGCGUUCCUCUUCGAGCCUGUCACGACCGAGCCCGCCCAUUUGCUCGAAAUCGAACGUGCCACCGGCACCUUUUCCCUCAAGACUCCUCGGCCUGGUUCGUUUCGCUCCUCGGAGGGCAUUGAAGAGAUCUUCGGUCUCAUCGGCAUCAUCCGCCUCCUUGCUGGUCCCUACCUGGUGGUGAUUACGGCGAGGAAGCGCGUGGGUCGCCUCCUCGGGUGCGACGUGUGGCGCGUUACCGGCACCAAGCUCCUGCCCUUCGUCAAAGGCCGCCUCCACACCGAGAGGCAGCGCGACGAGGAGCGGUACCUGGCGCUGCUGCAGUCGAUCCUGAAGGGCGGCCACCUGUACUACUCGACCCACUACGACCUGACCCACAGGGCUCAGAAGCAGCACGCCCUGCGCGACGACCACCAGGACAAGCCCAUGUGGGAGCGGGCCGACCAGCGCUUCUUCUGGAACCGUUACCUCGCCCAGGACUUCAUCUCCAGCCAACUGGACGGGUGGGUGACGCCCGUGAUGCUGGGCUACGUGCAAAUCGAGUCCCACUGCACGGUCAACGGCCACCGCUUCGACUACGCCCUCAUCUCCCGCCGACACACCAAGCGCGCCGGAACGCGCUAUCAUAUCAGGGGAGCGGACGAGCAGGGACACGUGGCGAACUUUGUGGAGACGGAGCAGGUGCUGGUGGUGCCGGCCCAGGACCGCAUCUACUCGUUCGUGCAGACGCGGGGCUCCAUCCCCGUGUUCUGGAGCCAGGCGCCCGACAUCACCUACAAGCCCAAGCCUCGCCUCACCGCCACCGAGAAGCGAAACGCGGCGGCGUUCAAAGCGCACAUGGACGACCUCACGCGGCACUACAGCCGCCAUGUGCUUAUCAACCUGAUCAACCACAAGGGCGCCGAGGCCGUCAUCGGCAAGGAGUACGAGAAGCAGGUCCAAUUGUACGGCGACGAGUCGGUGCGGUACGUGUGGUUCGACUUCCACCACGAGUGCCGCAAGAUGCGCUUCGAGAACGUGAGCAACCUCAUCCAGCAGGUCAAGCCCGAAAUCGAGCAGUUCGGAUAUUUCUUGACGGAGAACAAUGAGGCGGUGCGCAAGCAGGAGGGCGUGUUCCGCACGAACUGCAUCGACAACCUGGAUCGCACGAACGUGGUGCAGAGCACGCUGGCCCGCGAGGUCCUGAACGCGCAGCUGCUCCACGCCGGCGUCUUCCAGCGCCCGUCCGAGUCGAUCGCCGACCACCCCGCCUUCAGGCAGAUCUUCAAUCACGUGUGGGCCAACAACGCGGAUGCGAUCAGCGAGCAGUACGCGGGCACGGGCGCGCUCAAGACCGACUACACGAGGACCGGCAAGCGGUCGUUCAAGGGCGUGCUCAACGACGGCCUCAACUCGGCCACGCGGUACUACCUCAACAACUUCAAGGACGGCUUCCGUCAGGACGCGUACGACCUGUUCCUGGGCAACUACGUGGUGGGCCAGAGCCCGCGCUCUCCCUUCGCGCACAACUACCGCCCCGUGGCCACCACCCUAUUCGUGAUUGCGCUCCUGAUCGGUGUGGUGAUGCUGCUGGCCUCCGUGGUGGCGCCCAUCCUCCAGCCCGAGGGCACGCAGUCCAUAAUCUACCAGUUCAUGGUGAUCGUGUUCUGGGCGGUCGCGAUGGUGGGGGCCUACCGGGUGCUCAAGCUCUACGGCCGCGAUCUGGUGGACCGGCCCCAGCUUGUGCCUAUUCCCCACUGA